AAAAAAAAAAAAAGAAAAAAAAUCAAAACAAUAGGAACAAACAAACAAACAAAAAGUAUCACAAACAUAGUAAAAAGAAAAGAAAAAACAAACAAACAAGGAGAAAAUAAAAAUAAAAUAAAAAAAAGGAACCUAUUAACCAGGCUCGUGUCCCCUUUCCCUCGCAGGCGAUCCCGGGUGUCUUCGCGCCUGAUGGAGAAGUACGAGAAGCUGAGCAAGAUCGGAGAGGGCUCGUACGGCGUCGUCUACAAAUGCCGCAACCGAGAGACGGGGCAGCUGGUCGCCAUCAAGAAGUUCGUCGAGUCUGAGGACGACCCCCUCAUCAAGAAGAUCGCUCUCAGGGAGAUACGCAUGCUCAAGCAACUGAAGCAUCCCAACCUCAUCAAUCUCAUCGAGGUGUUCAGGAGGAAGAGGAAGCUCCACCUCGUCUUCGAAUUCUGCGACCACACCGUCCUCAACGAGCUGGAGAAACACCCCAAAGGGUGUCCCGAGCACAAGACGAAGCGCAUUAUCUACCAGCUGGUUCAAGCCGUCAAGUUCUGUCACGCCGCCUCCUGCAUCCACAGGGACGUCAAGCCAGAGAACAUCCUUCUGACCAAGGAAGAUGUCGUCAAACUGUGUGACUUCGGCUUCGCUAGAAUGCUCAGUCCGGGCGAGAACUACACCGACUACGUGGCGACUCGUUGGUACCGUGCCCCUGAACUCUUGGUUGGAGACACGCAGUACGGGCCGCCAGUGGACGUCUGGGCCAUAGGAUGCGUUAUGGCUGAGCUCGUGCGGGGGGAGGCGCUCUGGCCGGGGAAGUCGGAUGUCGAUCAGCUGUACCUCAUCAGGAAGACUCUAGGUGAUCUGCUCCCGCAACACAUGCAGAUUUUCCGGAACAAUGAGUUUUUCCGCGGCAUGAGUGUGCCCGAACCGGAUACCAGGGAAUCCAUCGAUGCCAAGAUGCCCCGAGACUACCCGCCGGAGGGACUCGACUUUAUAAAGAAAUGCAUCGACCGCGACCCAGCCAAGAGGUGGACGUGCGAACAGCUGUUGACCCACGACUAUUUCAAGGGUUAUUCCUUCAAGCUCCCGGACCACGAGUUGGAGGAGUUUGAGAGAAUUCGCAGGAACUCGAGUGUGUCGGGCUCCAUGCUGUUUCCGCAGCUGGCCGGCAGCACGCCCGCGGGCGGCGGCUCGCUGUCGACGGCGUCGUCGCCCGACAUGCGCCACCCGCACAACAGAGGCUCGCGAAACUUCGACCAUCUGCCCACCAUCUGACAAAAUGGCCUCGGGCUCUACCAGCCUCCAGCCCUGCCGCCCAACGUGGUGCCGACGCCCACGCCCCCACUGGACCCCAAGGCUCCGAACGGCGUGGGCGCGCGGGGGAUCCCGAGGGCCGCAGCCUUCAGCCCGCCCAUGACGCUGGGGGCGCGCCAGCCCCCGCCCGUGCUGGACACUGCAGACCUCUAUGCCAUACUGUACCGCAAAUACAAUUCAUCUUAGGUUUUGAGUGUGUUAAAUAAAAAUAUAUACAUAUCUAUACAUAACUUGACCAAAAGAACCUCUGAAGUAGCAGUAACCAAUCACACGUCUGACGAAGCGGCGGCGCCGCGCCUAGGGACUGGGGAGGCCUGCCUUGGCCCGGAGCGGCGCCCCGCAGCCCGGGAGAGCACGAGUGUCGAGGACUGAGCAACUGGAAGACCCGAGGACUGGCCUGACUCGCUGCCUAAUGUCGCUUGCAUUAGGGAACCUGUUUGAGUUGACGCCAACGCUUUCCUUUGGACUCUGUGGAGGUUCUUCGUUUUUAGCGUCCUUAUGAAAUAGAUUUGCCUGUUUAACUGCAGCGAUGUACCUUUAGGUAAUCACAAUUAGUUAGUGAUAAGGUGAGAUUUUAUUAGAUGUUUUAUUUGAAAAGGGGAGAGACAAAAAGGGAAAUGAUGUAAUUCAUGUACAUAAGAAAAUGACCGUCCAAGUCUGUGAUCUGAGAGCUCUACCGCUUCUCAUAGUCUAGGAAAUUGCCUGUAUUAACUUCUUCUUUUCUUUUCCUCCAGUGUGUCUGUAGAUAGACAUCAAAACAUGCCACAUAAACAUAUUUUCCCAACUUUUUUUCCUUCUUUCUUGUAUGUAUGAUAAUAGGUACAAAAUGUAAGAAAAUAAAGGUGAAUUUUCGAGGAAAAAUGAUAUAAGAAAAAAUCAUUUAGCGAUCUAAUCAUCGUGAAAUUUAUUAUUAUUAUCAUUAUUAUCAUUUUAAUUCCCUCUUUCUCCACGUGUCACUGCGGGUCAAAAUAGAAACUAGUUUAAGGGCCGAUGGAGGUAAUUUUGAAAAUCACCUUUAAACAACAAAAAUAACAAAGCAAACAAAAAGGCAACAGGUCUUUGAAACGACUCUAUGAAUCAAAUGAGGAAUCAAAUGCAUGUUCAAGGUUUUAUU